UCCGACUUGAAAAAGUGUACAAAUAAAAUACAUUUCAUUGGAAUAAAAUAUUACCAAAUUAAGCUCAAAAUGGACAACAACCCCGUCUCGGACUCGGAGCUAUUGGACCGCAAAUACUCGCAAGCCUCCAUUCUAUUGAAAUCGCGUCGAUUGAACAAGACUUCGGACAAUGAGCAGUCGGAUGCCUGGGACGCGCGCAUUGUCUCCCCCAUAGUUGAGGUCGGAAGCAUCGCCGAAGCAGUGGCCCAUUGCAAUAAGCCAGUUUGUGAUGACGCCGACAUGCAGUGCAUAAUGGACUUGGUGGACGGCACCCUUUGCGAAGCUCUGACCAUACUGCAGUCCGAUCCCCGGGGACUGUUUUGCUACAAGUUUCCAGGUACACCGAAGAACACAACUGCCAAAGUGCCUACGCUGCUCGAAGUUCAGGUGACGGACACUGUCAACGAGAGAGAGGGCGCUACCACUUUUGCCACAACAGUGGCAAUAAGUGACUAUGGGCCGAGCUCGGGCUCCAGCGGAUUGCUGCGCAAACCGACGACUAUUGGGGCAUUUGAAUACAGCAAUGUACUGUCCGAGAUCCAGGACUUUGUUGGACAGUGGCAGCUGUCGCCGGACACAAAGUGUGCGGUUCUCAGCAACCCCACUCAGCACGAUAUUCCCAUCAAGGGAAAGAUCUACUUCGUCGAUGCACAUUUCUCUCGGCCAACGCCACGCUGUCCCAACCCACUGGCUGUCGCCAAGGUGCGAUUCAUCAUUACCGUCUCAAAGGUCAUGCAGAAGCACUAUCCAGUGAUGAUCACAUACCGCUUUGAGGGCCACAACACUCUGUACUAUGCGGUGGGCGAGCGUUCGCUGAACUCGUUUACUUUUCAAAGAUUCUACAUUGACACCAUUCUGCACACCAAGUUGGCCUUCUACGCUGAGGUCUGCGAAUGCCGACACGGCACUGUCGAGAAGCCCAAAAAGUCCAAGAAGGGCAAGCCCUGAUGCCAAUAAACAUGCUUCGAAAUAC